AUGGGUCAGCUACUUCUGGUUGCGGUCACGUUUGGGUCGUUUCUCCAUCCUGUCGAAUCGGUGCGGGUCCCGCAUACCAAACGCCACCGGCAAGUCGGCUCUCCCAGGGAUCCAAGAGGGAGUGCGUUGCCAGCGAGGAGAGGUCCGCCACAGAACUGGGAGGGCAAGAUCCCCCUCAUCGUCACGAAUAAAUGCGAGUCAACGAUUUGGCCCGGAAUCGCUACUCAGUCCGGCACCGGUCCCGGCACCGGAGGCUUUGAGCUUGAACCGGGGACGAACAAGACGCUCUGGGUGAGCCCCGAAUGGCAAGGCCGCGUGUGGGGGCGAACAAACUGUACUGUCAAUGGAGACUCGUGCGCUUGCAAGACGGGAGACUGCUUCUCCAAGCUCGAUUGCGAAUUCAGCGGGGCGCCCCCUGCCACUCUCGCCGAGUUCAAUCUCGCCGGCGGCGUCACUGGCAUGCAGACAUUUUACGACAUUUCCCUUGUCGACGGAUACAACCUCCCAAUGGGCAUCAACUACAUCCCGGCCAAGAACACAACGUACAUCCCCCCGAACCUUACCAACUGCGCUUGUGUGGCAACGAGCGGCUGGCUAUACACCACGGCCCAAACCGGGACGUAUUAUGCCAAUUCAACGUAUCCGAUUCCCUUGGAACACGAUGAGACGAAUGACAGCGUCGGUAGCUGGUGUCCAUGGCCGAACCUCGCUUUCCCCCCCACCAAGCCUGGGGACGGCGUCUAUCCCUACCCCGAUGACAACAUCCAGCGCCCGGCCUUUUCUCCCUGCAAGAGCGCCUGCGCGGCCACCGGCGCCGACAAGGACUGCUGCGUGGGCAAGUACCACGACCCCAAGAUCUGCAAACCAUCUCUAUACAGCAAGUCGGUCAAGGCCGUGUGCCCCGAUGCGUACAGCUUUGCCUUUGACGACCAGCAGUCAACCUUUAUCAUCCCCAAGGGCGGCGGGUGGGAGGUGGUCAUGUGCCCGGCUGGGCGCUCGACUAACAUCCUGCGCCAGCUAGGCAAGGAAUUGUUUGAGAUUGCCAGCGGCGGACGUCUAUCGGAGCUAUCUAUGAAGCGGCUGCGCAACGUUACCUAUAUCGAGGGUAAUAAGGAGGGAGCCGCAAGCAGGGACCGGCCGCUUGGCACGGUGACGACCGGCGUCGUUGCCGCCGUCGCCGCCGCUUGGCUCGUCUUGUGAGUGCGCAGGCGGCUCUUAGCAGCGAUCCAGCUGGUCUGGUUCCUGAAACAGAUAGACGCCCAUGCCCAGCUGCAGAACGCGAAUACGAUGUCAUGAUGGUUGGCCGGGCCUGAGGUCUAGCCUGCAAACGAUACCUUUAGUAACAGCAUACCUAGUACCUAGAGUCAUAUACCCAUUUCUAUUUUUGUACCAA